UAAAGCUGAAACAUACGAUCCAGAAACCUUAACCCGACCAAACCAACUCCCCCAUUUUUUUUUUCUUUUUCCACCCUUUCUUCCGACAUCCGGCGCGAAGCUCCACCGGUCGGCAAUGGUGUCGCGAGCUCCGCCGGAGAUGUGGACGGACGAGAAGCAUUGCCGCUUCUUGAACUCGGUGGAGGCUUCCUUCGUGCGCGCCGUCUUCGGAAGCAAGAACGAGAACGACAGCAGCGGCGACCAUGACGGCGUUCUUCGUCUUGAUCGGCAUCUUCCCGACUGUUCCGAGUCCACCCAAGAUUUGCAGUCGCAGAGGAGGAAGAAGAGCACAACCUCGUCAUCAGACGGCGUGGGCCCGAGGCUGAGAUCGGACGGCAGGCAGGACAAGAGAUCAAGGAAGAUCUCAUCACAACCAAAGAGAGAUUCCCCUCGCGAUCAAGUUGGUGGUCCCACAGCUUGCGGAUAUCAAGGUUGAGAAGGGACCCACCAAGUGCAACGCGCCGUUUUGAAAGACACGUGGCGUCUGCCAACUAAUGGAAAUUUCUGAGUUUUGUGUCUUCAGGGAUGAACCUUAGAUAUCGAAUGAAGGGUUUGUUUUUCCUAAAUUUGGUUGAAGUGCGUGGGGAUGGUUAGCAGUAAUUUGGAGAGAAAAGUGAGUUUUACCUUAGGGGUGGUUUGACAACAUAUGAUGUUUAAAUAAUGAUAAUUCUUUUCA